AUGACCGUGCUCGGCACGCGUCCGGAAAUCAUACGGCUGUCGCGGGUGAUGACGCUGCUCGAUCAGCACGUGCGUCACGUCAUCGUGCACACGGGACAGAACUCCGACUACGAGCUCAACGAAGUCUUCUUCGACAACCUCAACGUCCGCCAGCCCGAUUACUUUUUGGGCAUCCGCCGCGAUUCGCUUGGAGUGAUUCUAGGAGACAUUCUGAUUAAGACCGAGGAAGUCCUCAUCGCCGAGAAGCCCGAUGCGGUGCUAAUCCUUGGCGACACCAACAGCGCGUUCGCGGCAGUGCUGGCAAGGCGGAUGAAGGUCCCCGUCUAUCACAUGGAAGCAGGCAAUCGUUGCUUCGACUUCAAUGUUCCCGAAGAGAUCAAUCGGCGGAUCGUUGANNGUGUCCUCGACGCCAACCGCCCGGCUAUCGAAUCUUCCGACGUCACCCAGCGACUCGACCUGACUCCGCACGGCUACCUGUUGGUGAGCCUACACCGAGCCGAGAACGUCGAUAACAAAAAUCAGUUGCUGCAACUUCUCGGCGUCCUGAACACGCUCUGCGAGCGAUUCGACAUGCCGGUGAUUGUCAGCACCCACCCACGCACUCGGGCGCGGCUCGACGCGGUCGACGUCACGUUCGAUUCGAGAAUUCAGUUUCUCAAGCCAUUCGGCUAUCACGACUACGUAAAGCUGCAACUCGACUCGUUCUGCACGGUCUCCGAUAGCGGCACGAUCAGCGAAGAGAGCUCGAUCCUUGGCUUCCCCGCCGUCACGACCCGCACCGCGAUGGAACGCCCCGAAGCGAUGGACUCGGGGCACAUCGUGCUAACGGGUCUCGAUGUCGAUACGGUCGUCGCGUCGGUCGCCUUCGUCACGAAGAACCGCGAUCACGCCCGCCAGCAGCCCAUCGCCGCGGAGUAUCAGGUGACCAACGUAUCCCACCGCGUCGUGAAGCUGAUCCUCGGCACCGCAAAGCUCGGCCACCUGUGGGACGGCAUCCGUUUCUACGAUCCGGAACCUGCUUUCAAGUUCCCGGACUUGGCGCGUCAACUUGCGGCGCGUGGGCACCGAGUCCAAGUCAUUACGGGAUUUCCUUGCUAUCCCUUUGGCAAGACCUACGCCGGCUAUCGGCAAUCACUAUGCCAGGAGCAUGUGUUGGACGGAGUUCUCGUCACGAGGGUCCCGCAAGUCCCUGACCACAGCCGUUCCGCGAUACGUCGGGCGAUCUACUAUUUUUCCUUUGCAUUGAGUGCGGCGACGAUUGGUGUCUUUAAGGCACGUCAAGCAGAUGUUUUGUUAGUCUACCAGUCCGCGAUGCCGACCGGCCUAGCAGGUUGGCUGGUUUCGCGUCUACGAAGAAUCCCCUACGUACUCGAUGUCGUCGACCUCUGGCCCGAGAGUGUGCAAGCAUCUGGGAUGCUUAAUAGUCGAGCAGCCAGCGGAGCAAUCAACUUCGCCAUGAGUCUCAUCUAUAACGGCGCCAACCGAAUCAACGUCAUUACCGACGGGUAUUGGCGCAACCUCGCCGCGCGCGGCAUUAGUCCACUAAAGCUUUCGCUCAUCCAUUGCUGGCCUGCGGAAGGGCUUUUCGAUCCUGUGGCGCCCCAGCCAGCCAUCCGGCGAGAGUACUGCAUGGAAGGAAAGUUCAACAUCGUUUACGCCGGGGCAAUUGGUCCUGUCCAAGGCCUGCGUGUCCUGCUCGACGUAGCCGAGAGGCUACUUAGCGAUAAGACCAUCAAGAUCACCGUUGCGGGUGAAGGCAUCCAACGUGUCGAAUUAGAGAAAGAGGCUAUCGAUCGCGGCUUAACCAAUCUGCAAUUCGUUGGCCGCCGACCUCCCGAAGAAAUACGGCGGCUAUAUGCUUGCGCCGAUGCCCUGUUGGCUCACCUAAAGCCCGAUCCUCUUUCGAGCAUCUCAAUCCCCUCCAAGACGUUCGCCUACAUGGCAAGUGGGAAGCCUCUCUUGAUGGCGGUCGAAGGCGAGGCGGCCGCCAUCGUACAACGCCAUUGCUGCGGCAUCGCGGUGGCGCCAUCCAAUGCCGCAGCGCUAUGUCGCGCUGUUUGCAAGCUGCGGGAUAUGCCUAUUCUAGAUCGCGAAGAGAUGGGCGCCGCUGGACGACGCAAAGUAUCUGGGGAAGUUCUGGCCGAGGAACAGAUCGCCGCUGCGGCCGAUGUGCUUCGGUCCGGCCGCGUGAAUUACUGGACCGGCCCACACGGACGCGAGUUCGAGGACGCGUUGGCCGAACGCAUGCAGACCAAGCACGCUAUCGCGGUAGCCAAUGGGACCGUUGCCAUCGAGCUCGCCCUGUUAGCGCUCGGCAUAGGCCCUGGCGAUGACGUCGUCGUGCCGUGCCGGACGUUUAUCGCUACCGCAAGUGCAAUCGUGGCUCGAGGCGCUAGGCCAGUGUUGGCGGAUGUCGAACUCGAUUCGCAGAAUAUCUCGGCUGACUCGGUCCAAGCGGUGCUGACGCCCCACACAAAAGCUGUCAUUGCCGUGCACCUUGCCGGCAGGCCGUGCGAGAUGGGUCCCCUUCUCGACCUGGCGCGAGCACACAACCUGCAUGUUGUCGAAGAUUGCGCUCAGGCGAUUGGCGCGACAUAUCGAGGGUACCCGGUUGGCUCCUUGGGUGACGUGGGCUGCUAUUCCUUCUGCACCGACAAAAUUAUCUCGACCGGCGGAGAAGGUGGCGCUCUCGUCACUAACAGUGAUAAAAUUUGGAAUCGAGCGUGGAGCUACAAAGAUCACGGCAAGUGCCCUGAAUUGAUCGCCGCGCCGGCAGACAAGCCUGGGUUCCGCUGGUUGCAUACGACAUUUGGCACAAAUUGGCGCCUCACAGGCAUGCAGGCCGCGUUAGGACUGGCGCAACUCUCGAAGCUCGACGUCGCGUUGGCUGCCCGCAAGUCUAACGCCAUACGGAUCGAUAGGUGCUGCCGCGCAUGCCCGGGAUUGCGAACACUCACGGCUCCCACUGAGGGGGAGCAGGCUUACUACCGAUACUACGCCUUCGUACGGACAGAGAGGCUUGCCGAUGGCUGGACACGUGACCGUAUUCUCCAAGCCAUUGAAGCCCUGGGCGUGCCUUGUUUCAGCGGCAGUUGCGGUGAGAUCUAUCUCGAACGACUUGCGAUGCAAUCCAGGCCGUGA